AUGCAGUUUGGAUUUGGGGUCAAGUGCGCUAUUGGACUCUUGCUCCAAGUUUCUGAAGCAUCUGGACAGUUGAAGAUGCAAUGUAACAAGGAUUCUGGUUCAGCAUUGCAAAUGGAACAAUUCUCGAUUGUUAAAACUAUAAUCCAAACGCGUCGAUGGAACCUUUCCUCUCAACCCGAAAUUGCGGCAGCCACAACCUCAGCUCCAAAUCACUUUCUCAGCAACUAUAAUGACUCGGACUUAAGGGAAACAAGUAGCGGCAGCACCGGUGGUGGUUCUGGCAACAACAGCGCCAUACCCAUUGACCAGAAACCUCGACAGCGGCGGCGGCAGAAGAACGGCGACCUCAAUGUGACUUUCCAGCGGCCAGAGGUGCAGUGGCUCUUGCGGCAGCAGCGAGCCACUCCAACAACCCCUUGUGCAAGCUCUCUUCCUCCGGCAGCGACCCAGACGGCGACGACUCUCCACGGAUGGCGGCGGGCCUUCAGCGGCGGUGCAGUUCCAGUGACGACGGUGCAUGGCAGGACAGCGUUCCUCUCUUCCUCGAGCUCUCCCUCUCACUGGCGCUCAAGGACGACGGCGAGGGUGGCUUCAAUGGCGGCGGUUGCAGCUCACGACGACAGAGACGCUCCUCCGCGACGGCGAGGGUGGCUUCAAUGGCGGCGGUUGCAGCUCGCGACGACAGAGACGCUCCUCUGCGACGGCGCAGUUGGCAAUGAUGGGCAUGAACGACAGCAGCGACCUCCCUCUCUUCUCCGCGUUAGUGUAGGUGCGUGUGUGUGGGGAUGAGCGACGGCGUGAGGGUGAGCGAGGGGAGUGCGUCCGUGAGUGUGUGUUUCUACGAAGAGGGUGUGGGAGGAGCGGGGGUGGGAGCUCGACGGCUAGUGAGGGACUGAGGGUUGAGAGAGUGUUUUUGUGUGAUUAGGGUUAGGGAAAAAGUAAAGGAAGAGUGGCCCACAAAUUUGUUUUGUUUUU